UUCUACAGAUAUCACCAGAACCAAACUAUUCUGCAAUUAUCUCAGUAGAUUUGACGGACGUUGUGAGAGAUGAGAGCUGGGUUUUCCCACCUGCCGUCCUGUUCCUGUGGAUUCAGAGAGAGUGCUAGUGGAUGGAUGCAUCCUAAAUGCCAGAUUUAUGACAGUGGUGAAGACUUGGGACACUUUUUCCUCUGGACCUGCACCUACCUACCUCGUCAUGUAGAACAUUAUACUGCUGCCUGUGAAGAUGUCACAGCCAUCGAGGAGGACCUACUUGGACUUCCCCCUAAUAUCAAUACCCUCUGCAUAUCUAUGAAACAUGGUGAAAAUAGAUCCAUGUCUCUGGGCUUUUUCUCUCAGUUUCAGGAUCUGGAGUACCUGUACAUUGAGGGAUGUUUAACUCAAAUCCUUCCAACUGGGAAUAGUCACCUUCCAAAUCUGCAGUAUUUACAUUUGAAUGGAUUGGGCUCUGGAUGCUGUGAUUGUCAUAUUGGGCCUCAUACAUUCAGAGAUCUAGUCAAGCUGAGUAAUUUGACCAUAUGGGGUUAUAGWCUAUCAGCAAUGGCCCCAGAUGUUUUCCAUGGCAUGACUCAGUUACAAACUCUCAUCAUUAGGCAACCCCGUGUAGAUGAUUUGUCAGAGAUACUAUGCAGAAUUAUGAAUAUAAAGUCACUUAUAGAGCUAAAUAUAGAAGCACCAGAGAUACAAUCGUUAAACCAAUCAAACUGCUCUAUCUUAAACACCAACGAAAGCAUGACACCUGUUUUUAACAGUCUAGCAAUCUCUGACUUCUCAUUUGGUGAAAUAACACAUAUAGAGGAAGGUGCACUGGCUUGGCUCCAGAACCUGACAAGGUUAACAGGGGUUUUCAGCCAGGAAGUCCUACUGCACCUUCCCCGGUCUGGGAUUCAGCAAAUCCAGUACUUCAGUUGCUCUGGUAGCAAUGAAAUAGAUAUUGAAACUAUCUGUAAUGUAGUGUUUUUGCUUUCAAUCAAGAAAAUAUAUUUAUACAAUGCCAAUACAAGCAGCCUCUCCAUGUCCAGUGUUGAACUGUGCAUUGGGCUAGAAUAUAUGUAUUUACAUGGCUUUUUCCAUUCUACUCCAUAUUUGGAAUGGCAUUUUAUUUCCAGUCUCAAAAACCUUAACCAAUUAAAAAUAGACGGCCUGAAAGAUAACAGACUUGAUAUUUGCUCCUUCCAAAAACAACCAAUCACAUGGUUAACAAAACUGACUUUAGAGUUGAACAAUAUACACAUGCUUUUUGCAAAACAAUUUAGCUGUCUUGUUAACUUGCAGUAUUUGGAUUUAGCAGAUAAUUCAAUUUCAAACAUUGAUGACUUUGCUUUCCUGGGGUUGACAAAUCUGGAAUCCUUAGACAUUGGAAUAAAUAAUAUUACACAGAUAACUACAAACACAUGUUUUGGUUUACAACUGAAAAAACUGACUUUAAGGUUGAACAAGCUACACAUGCUUUUUGCUAAACAAUUUAGCUGUCUUGUUGAGCUGCAGUAUCUGGAUUUAACACAGAGGAUCCUUAGAAUGCUGGUCCAUAACCUGGCCGGUCCCUACCUCCUCCCCCUCUACCACAUCACCCUUGGCUGGCUGUCGGAGGCCAUGCGAUCCAACACCAGGGGGCGCUACCACUACGAUGCGUUUGUCUCCUAUAGCGGGAAGGACGAGCGCUGGGUGGUGGAGGAGCUGCUACCCAACCUGGAGCAGAGGGGUCCUCCUUUCCUGCGCCUCUGUCUGCACAGCAGGGACUUCCAGCUGGGGAAGGACAUUGUGGAGAACAUCACAGACAGCCUCUACCGGAGCCGACAUACCCUCUGCCUCGUCAGCCGCCACUACCUGCGCAGUAACUGGUGCUCCCUGGAGAUGAAGCUGGCCACCUCCAGGCUGCAGGUGGAGCAAAGGGACAUCCUCCUCCUAGUCUUCCUGGAGAAGAUCCCCCCUCGCCAGCUGUCUGCCCACCACAGACUGGCUCGCCUGGUGAAGACCAGGACCUAUCUGGACUGGCCCCAGGACCCCCAUCAGCAUCAGGCAUUCUGGGACAGACUGUGGGCUAAACUGUCUGCAGCGUGAGAUCAGAGGUUGAUGUAGGACCUUGUAGACUGAAUUAUGACAUCAGAGGUUGAUAUAGGACCUUGUGGACUGAAGCUUGAGAUCAGAGGUUGAUGUAGGACCCUGUGGACUGAAAUGUGACGUCAGAGGUUGAUGUAGGACCAUGUGGACUGAAGCUUGAGAUCAGGGGUUGAUGUAGGACCAUGUGGACUGAAGCUUGAGAUCAGAGGUUGAUGUAGAACCUUAUGGGCUGAAAUUUGACGUCAGAGGUUGAUGUAGGACCAUGUGGGCUGAAAUGUGACGUCAGAGGUUGAUGUAGGACCAUGUGGACUAAAAUGUGAGAUCAGAUGUUGAUGUAGGACCUUGUGGACUGAAAUGUGACAUCAGAGGUUGAUGUAGAACCUUGUGGACUGAAAUGUGACAUCAGAGGUUGAUGUAGGACCGUGUGUUAUUGCAGAUGUAAUGUUGACACAUAUGUUGAGGUAUUAAAUUUGUUGUUAAAAGUCCUCUGUACAAAAUGUCUUCCAGAAUUUGAGAUGUGUUUAGACAAUUCUGAUGAAGUCAUUUGAAAUGAUCUGUACAUUUGAUUAAUCUUCAACUACUUAUAUGUUUAUGUAAUCNUCCUAUUUAAAUUAUAUAGAAAUAAUCGUAUUUAAAUU